AUGCCUACUACAGGUCGGAUGGACUCAUCACCAGCUUCGAGGCGGGCCUCGCUGUCGUCCAUCAACUCGCCCACUGUAGACAAGGAGGCUUUGCAGAAAGAGCUGGACCACAUUCAUACUACCGCCUCACGCUCAGACACUCUGACUUCGUUCAGCGACUUUGAGCGUAGUCGCACCAGCAGCCCCCGCGUGCCUGGCCCGAAAGAGUUGGUUAGUGGACGAAUCAGCGGUCUAUACUCGCGCUUGAGGCAGAGUGUUGGAGCUUCCUCUCCCGCCUCCGAUACCUCAGCCCGCCCCGCUAGUCGGGGAAGCUAUACCGUCACAGAUGCCUCGUCAUUAAGAAGUUUCUCAAAACCAGAAUCACCUACCCUUCUCCGUUCGAAUCACGUUUCGCGUCCGAGCGACGCCAGUGCUGUCAUUGCAGAAACCGACUUUGCUCCCGCUCCUUCAAUACCUUCGUCUGCCGUUCAUUCGCGUCCCGGCUCUCGUGAUCUGACCCGCUCAGCUGUGCAUACUGCUGCAUCGUCUCCUUCGGCGAGACGUGCCUCCCCGCCCAGACAAGGUCGUCAUGCCGAAAGCAACCAGAACCAGUCGUCCGUGGUGGAGAGCAANAGAUUGUCUCAAAAUCUGGAUGGAAAAGAUGGACGACGUUCAUCGCAAAAUCUUGAGCUGAAACGUUCCUCAGUCAAUUUGGACAACAACCGGCCAUCAUACAACUCCGACGGAAAGCGUCUGUCACAGUCUGACGCCCCGUUCAUGGGUCCUCGACCAGAGCGUCCUGUAAUAUCCGUGCAAACUGACCGGACCGAUAGCCCGUCUAGUACUCAUGUGUCCGCAGAACGACGUGACAGUGACGCUUCUUCGAGAACCCAGAAUCACCCAAAGCCCGAACGUCCUCCUCUCCGUGUGUCUGCUUCUCACUUGCCUAACUUGCGAAUAUCGCAGGCGUCUAUCGUAGAUGGCGUCCUGGAUACAUCAUCAAUCUUCAGUACCAAGCUUUCAACACCCAUGAUCGAUACACAGCCCAACUUCAAUGUCGGCAUGCAGAAUCGCCGGGUGCCACAUAGAGAGGGACAAUCAUUGGAUCCGUCAGACAAAAAAUCUACCACUAUACCUGCCCACCUCAAACGUCGGGUCAUCAGCAAGGAAUUUUGGAUGAAAGACGAGAAUGCUCGCGAUUGCUUCUACUGUGGUGAUCCCUUCUCGACAUUUCGCAGAAAACAUCAUUGCAGAACAUGUGGUCAGAUUUUUGACGCGAAGUGUACUGUGACUGUUCAAGGAAAGCCUUUCGGACAGUCAGGCACACUCAGGUUAUGCAAGCCUUGCGAUGCCAUGAUUUAUGGAAGUGAUGAUGAUUCGACGGUCUUCACCGACGAAGAUGAGCCGAUAAGAUCUCCAAUUCCUGCUUCUCACUCGCAGGACCAAGAUCUUUUCAAGCCAAAUGAACCAGCUCUUGCAACACCGUCGAUCGGUAUUCCAGUCUCGAGAAGGAACAGGGAGGCCAAAAGACGUUCUGCUGUCAUAGAAUUUGAUAUGCAGCCUACAUUGGCACGACCAAGUUCAUCUCGAUCACUGAAAUCUAUGACAGGAAGACCGCAUUCGUCAAGUCAUAAGCGUCACCACUCUCGCCAUCAGUCCGUACGUCCACUGAAGACUCCUGCGGAGGAGCGAGGGCCAUUCUACCAGAAUGUUGCUGAAACGCAGCGAAGGCCAUUCACUGCUUUCCACAAUGAUAACAUUAUUGAUCCUGAUUUAGCUCCCUUCCUGUCUGACGAUGGGUCCGAUGCGGAUGAUCAGCCCAGUAUCUAUACCACCAUUAGUGAUGUUCCUGCACCCUCUUCAAUGGACAAUGAACGGGCUGGAUUCACAAGCCUGUUAGCUUCUGCAGUCAANAAAGGUCGCUCACGGAGGGGUGAUAGAAGUGCAGGUGGUCAUAGCUUACGUGCUUCGCGCGACCUGGAGCACUUCAUGUUUGCUUCGAAACAUCUUCCAAAGAUGCGAAAACAGCGCAACCCAAGUAUUGGUAGUGUUGGCGUGUCGCGUCCAUCCCCUCGGAGAAGUCGUAGUCAAAACAUGAUGAAGACUUUUGAGGCCGGGGCAAACGAUCCUUCUGUUUUCGACAUCUUCAACCCUGGUCUUGCUGAUCAAGCUCAGGUUAAAAGAAGUUCCGGCAUGCAUGGUCAAAAUGCUCCUGCGGUUGAGUUGAACAGAGCCAGUCUGCAGCAUGUUGAACGCCUCUUAACACAGCUGCUCAAGGAAUCCGCAAUUCCCCGACGCCGACAUUGGCAGAAAGCUUUGAUGCCUAUCCUUCUGCAAUGUCCCAACGAUGUGGAUCCAGAUGUCCAAAAUGGCGAUGACAUGGAUAUUAGAAACUACAUCAAGAUCAAGAAAGUGCCUGGAGGCAAACCUGGCGAUACGUCAUACGUCUCCGGAGUCGUCUUCAGCAAGAACAUUGCAUUGAAAGGCAUGCGUCGAAGCUUUGUUCGCCCUCGCAUUGUGAUCAUAUCAUUUGCCAUUGAAUAUGCCCGCCAUAAUCACCACUUCAUGAGCCUGGAGCCUGUUAUCGCCCAGGAGCGAGAAUACUUGCGCAAUCUCGUUGGUCGGAUCGUUGCAUUGAAACCGCAAAUUUUAUUGGUUCAGCGGAACGUGUCAGGAUUAGCUCUCAACAUGCUACAAGAGGCAGGUAUUACCGUGGUUUACAACAUCAAGGAGUCGGUACUUGCUGCUGUUGCUCGAAUGACACAAACCGUCUUGAUCAAGUCGAUAGACAAGCUGUCAAUUGACCCUUCUGGAUUGGGACAGUGUUCUAACUUCGACGUCAAGACUUAUGUUCACGGAAACAUUAGGAAGACCUUUAUCUGGAUAUCUGGUUGUCAGCCUGAUCUCGGAUGCACCAUUGUCUUGCGAGGAGCAGAGAUGGAAACUCUUCGUCAGAUUAAACGUAUUACAGAAUUUAUGUGCUAUGUUGUUUAUAAUCUGAAGUUGGAGACAUGUCUGAUGAGGGAUGAAUUCGUGUUGAUUCCUUCCUCAAUCAGCACUGCCAAGUCAACCCCUCCGGAUAUCAGCAUCGUCACUUCCAAAGCAGUGGAUGUGACGAAUGUUCCUACCACACCGACAGCCCCAACGCAAGCAGAGGCUCAGAGCAACACAACAGAAACACCUGUCGGGACCGAGGACGAACAUUCUGAAAUUAAACCCAACGCAUUGAACCACCUGGUGGAUGCAGCUCGACACGUGGCGCCUGAACCCACUGCCAAAGCACAGGAUGACCAAGAUGCUGAGUCUAUGCCAUCGCAAUACAGAGAACUAAUUGAGACAGCACGGACUCGACUGAUCUCAUCAUCACCUUUUGUCAAGUUCCCCGAGCCAGUCCUUCUUGCUAAGGUUCAGGAUCAAGAACGACGGGUUGAACAAACAAAACGACUGCGAGAUCGCUACGAUGCCUUUGAGGUUGAGCACGACCACACCGAGAACGUUGGCGAAAGUAAAGAGGAGGACAUCGUUCAACAAGAGAAGUUCGAGUUGGUCAUGCCGGAAAUGAUCUCCAAAGCUGUCCCUGCCGAUCAAAGCAGGUCCACUCGAAAAUUCCUCCGAGACAUACAUGAUGCGCAAUACCAAAUGGCUCUUCACGAGUACGGCAUCAAGAAGCGACAGUGGGAGUCUUUCUUCUCAAUCAGCAACAACAAUCCGUUCAACCCCUUCAGCCAUCAGAACAUCUUUGUUUUACAUUCUCUUGUUAGCAACGCCUUAUCUGCACCAUGUGCUGGCCCUGAAGUGCUAGGCCUUUCGUUCUAUGCUGGUUGGGGAAACGCUGAGUUGGGACUGGAAGAAGAUCUUACUCUUGGUCAGUUCAUCGAGGAGACUUGUGCCACUGCAGCCACUGCGUGCAAGCAAUGCAGUCACCGUAUGUUCGAUCACCAUCGCCAGUACGUUCAUGGCGCUGGUCAGGUCAGUGUCUCUGUCAAACGGUUCCCAUCCAAAUUCCAGAAUCUUCACAACACAAUUCUCAUGUGGUCAACUUGCAAGAUAUGCCAACAGGAGACUACAUGGAUACCCAUGUCGGACAAUACCUGGAAGUAUUCUUUCGGCAAGUAUUUGGAACUCAGCUUUUGGAGUACACCAUUGAAACCACGAGCAGGUGUAUGCCCACAUGACAUACACAAAGACUUUGUUAGAUGUUUUGCCUUCCAAGGGCUAGCUGUUCGCAUACAGUGGGACAAUGUUGACUUGUAUGAUGUUUUGGUACCGACGCCAACAAUCAACUGGGAGGUCAAUGCUGGACUCGAACUCAAGAACCAACUCUACUUGCACUUCCAAGCGCGUCUAUCAGCUUUCAUCGCAUCUAUCAGAGUUCGUCUGGACUCUAUCAAUCUGUCUACUGUCGCGCCAGAGAAACAAACCGAUGCUUCAGCAACUCUAGAAAAGCUGUCACAGAAAGUAGAUAGUGACCACGAGGCACUGUUGCAGAAACUUCAGGACAAGUACAUGGCUUCCAAAUUCUAUGAGAUCAUUCCUCUCAACCGAGCAGUUCGAAUGAUGGACGAGAAAGCGAUUGCCUGGGACGACGAGUUUAAUGACUUCGAGACGAAGUUCUUCCCGUCCGAGCAUGACAUUAGAAGACUGGCUACGCUUCAGCUGAANAAGUUAUUCCUCGACAGAGGAGAAGCAGCUGGAAACUCUCACUACGAUCUAGGCGAUGCCGAUGAAGGUAUGGAGAUGAAGGAAAGGCCGUCAUCUGGCAUGGGCCUCACUGAUGAAGUUCUCCAAUCGGAAAAAGCUCAGCACAUGCUCACAGCUGUCGUUGAAGAACACGGUCAUUCGAAUUCUGACCCAGAUACGACCAUCGACUCACUCGAAUCAAGAAACCAAAACAUCGAAGUUCCGGACAAUCUCAAGCUUUCCAAACAACUGUCGCCUAGCGAAAUAGAGCAAGCGGUUGAGAGGGAGGAUGUCAAACAUCUUGACCUUGCUGUCCCUUCAGCAUUCUCCGAACCUCCAGCGGAUCAAGAAACCCCGAGAGCUGAGAAUGGUCCUCAAGAAGCAGAAACCUCCGAGUCAAAAUCUCCCGAAGCACCCCUGGUCGACCCUAGACCUCUGAACUCCAGCAUUCUCGAACGUAUCGAACAGAUGCGUUCCGCCGCUGCAGUAGCGACCAGUCCUGAGGCAGGCAUGCCUGAAUCAAAGAUACCACGUCUUGUACGCACCCGAGGUCCUUUGUCUCCACCACUUGCUCGUACCCAAUCCCAACCUGACGGGAUUCCCAAGAGGACUUCAGAGCCUGCAUCAGAGCUGCCAACGAUUCACGCGAUUGCUAGUGGCGAAAGUUCGGGCACUACUACACCUACUCCUGGCAAACAACAGAACAAGGAUUUGGCCAAGUCUAUCGAACUUCGACUGAGUGAUCGUUUGGGAGGCGGCUUUAAAAGUGGGAGAGCACAACAGUCACUGAUACCAAGAUCUGUGCCAAGCAAGACCUUUGACAACAACACUCGCGUAUCAGCCCUCGCCAAGCACUUCGAACAACUAUCUCGUGAGUUCGAGAGAGAAAGAGCGCGCGAGCGUAGACAGCGAGCGGCUCGAAGAAGGCAGGUCCGUGCCAAUCCUUUGGCUAGCAGCAAACCUGUUGUUGAGGUUUACCGAGAUGCUCGCGAAGCUGUUGGUGAGAAGACAGAACCUGAGAUUGUUGAGCCUCCUAUAAGCGAGUCGAACGAAACAUCGGACUUGCCGAUGGAGGAAGUACCUGAUACAGAUUCAAAGAUCGUUCAAACCCCUCACGAUAUUGAUGACGCCACGGAUAAUGAAACUGCAGAAUCAACAACCGGCCAUACAGAUACCGACGCCGAAGGUGAUACAACCGACAAUGAGAUACAUUUGCCUUAUAAACCUGGUCUCUCAGACCUUGGAUCAACUUCAGGCAAUGGAUCGAAUGCAUCUCCUCAUGAUGCAGACUCACAUCUGGAAAUGACACUGCCGAGACACGAAAAGCAUUCCCUCAUGAAGAUGCUCACAAGCUUCUGGUCCGAACGUUCCUCAUCGGGCUGGAAGUCACUCGACUACCCUUUACACUCAAAUGAGCACGUCUUUGAUGAUAGCGACAUCAUUGUGCGUGAGGACGAGCCCGCUUCGGUCAUCGCUCUUGCCCUUUCCUCUGCAGAUUACACCGCCAAGCUACGGGAAUUCCGUGGUAAUCCAAACAGUGGCUUCCACGGGCAUCACGCUCAUUCUGAAUCCCAGUCCAGCUUCAACUUUGCUGCAGACAUCAGUAGUAACGAUGCCAGCCAGCAAUCAGCCAUCGAGGCGAGCUUGAUCAGCGAGACCGGAACGCACAUGAAAUACAGCUUCAGCCACAACAACGUCCGCGCCACUUGCAAAAUCUUCUACGCCGAAUCGUUCGAUGCUUUGAGAAGAAAAUGUGGCGUCAGCGAACGGUUCGUCGAAUCUCUGUCGCGAUGCGCAAAGUGGGACUCCAAAGGCGGCAAGACCAAAUCACUCUUCCUCAAGACUUUGGAUGAUCGUUUCGUCAUCAAAUCGCUUCAGGAAGUCGAGCUCAAAGCUUUCACCAAGUUCGCACCUGACUAUUUCGCUUUUUGCGCACAGAGCUUGUUCCACGGCGUUCCUUCCGUGAUCGCGAAAAUGUUUGGCCUCUUCCAAGUCGAGCUGCGCAAUCCUUCCAAUGGCGUCGAAUUCUCUUCUUACCUUCUCGUGAUGGAAAACUUGUUCUACAGCCGCAACCCAACCCGAAAGUUUGACUUGAAGGGCAGUAUGCGCAAUCGCAAGAUCGAAAGCACUGGAUUGCCUGAUGAAGUACUCUUGGAUGAAAAUCUCGUCGAGACCAUUUUCGAAAAACCUUUGUUUGUCAGAGAACAUGCUCGAAAAUUGCUCAAGGCUAGUGUGUGGAACGAUACAAUGUGGCUCUGCAGACAGAAUGUUAUGGACUAUUCUCUAAUGGCCGGUUUCGACGACGAGAAGAAGGAAUUGGUGGUUGGUAUCAUCGAUUGCAUCAGGACAUACACCUGGGACAANAAACUCGAAUCUUGGAUCAAAGAUCGCGGCAAGAAUAAACCAACAAUCACAUCGCCAAAAGAUUACCGCAAUCGCUUCAGAGUGAGUAUGAUGCAAUACGUCCUGCAAGCACCCACUGUCUGGCACUCUUUCCUCGCGCCAGGUCUACCCGUCACCGGCGUAACCUUCAAUGCCGCAGGCGGAGUCGAGAUGCCCAGAAACGGCACUGUGACUGCAGCGGUAAUGGCAAAUGCAGAAGGCAGAAGUGUGGCUGGAAGUUGGGAAGAAAGGAGUACAGUGGAAGAGGAUCGUAGGCUUGCGCUUACGGAAGGCCAGGUCUUGGAUGAUGCGACCAUUAGAGAGAUGUCGACCAUGUCGUUUGUCUAG